GCUUGUUUCUCCGUUCGCUUAGCUGCGUGCCUCUCCUCCUUUUAAUCCCUUCUUGUUCGGACACUCUCGGACAACAAUCAUGAACACCUUUUCUCCUCCGUUUUUUUUUUUUUAUAAAACUCCUUGCAAUUGAUAACACUGCAACUCCCCCAUAAAAAAGACCCCCAAUUUUCAGCCUUGAACUCUCCAAGCGCGCUUAUAUCCCUCGUUUAUUUUCUUUGCCAGGUGAUCGAGGUCUUUCUUAAAAGUAAACGCAAAACGUCAUUGAGGAUUGUUUGGCCCGCGUCUCUCUUGUAUUAUAUAAAGGGCUCCCUUCUUGACGAGGACGCUUAGAGUCGCAUAUAUUUUAUUUUUUUUUUUGUGUUGAAAGAUACCAACUACGUAAAAUACACACACACACACAGAGAUCCGACUAGCCCACUGGCGCCCUAAUAUCCCUAAACACGCAAGAAAAUGCCGAUAUCCACUGGCCCAGCGACUACCGGCGGCAGCACGACCGGGUACCCCUACUGCACGCUCCUCACUUCCGAUUCCUACCUCCCAGGCGCUCUCGUCCUGGCCUCCUCCCUCCGCGCCACUAUUACGCGGCACCCGCUCGUCUGCCUCGUCCCCACCAACGCCCUCUCCCCGUCCGCAAACGCCGCUCUCCAGCAGGCUUAUGAUAGAGUCGUGGAAGUUCCCCUCUUGCGCUCAGCAAAUACAGAGAACCUGACGUUAUUGGGGAGGUUGGAUCUCGACAUUACGUUGACAAAACUCCAUGUAUUCAAUCCAGAUGUGGUGGGAUAUGAACGUGUCGUGUUCAUGGAUGCCGAUGUGAUGGUGACGCGGAAUGUGGAUACCCUGUUUACGUACUUGGACGGUGAUGUGGUCUUUGCAGCUGCACCCGAUAUUGGCUGGCCAGAUUGUUUCAAUUCCGGUGUGUUUUGUCUCAAGCCUUCUCGGAACCUGUUUGAAGGCUUGGUCCGAAUGGCGACGACAGGUGGUAGUUUUGAUGGAGGUGAUCAGGGUGUGCUGAACCAGUUUUUUUCGUCGUGGGCUUCGGGCGUCCCGCGGCCUGGUUCGGCGUUUCAUCGAACGGGGAGGUUACCUUUCACGUUCAAUGUCACGCCCACUUCGUUUUACUCGUACCUGCCAGCAUUGGUCCAUUUCUACAAUGAUAUUUCGGCUGUGCAUUUUAUCGGGGCUCAAAAACCAUGGCAGAUGUCUAGGAAUGGGGAAGGAAGUGUUGAUGCAAGCGGAAAACAAAAUGGACCCAUGAAAGAAUUCAUCACCAGGUGGUGGCAAUUCUACGAUGCCGUCAAGCACGUUUACAACGUCGCCACCAAAUCCGUUUCCUCCUCUGCUCAUCCCACGGUGCAUCAUCCCACCCCGGUCUACCAUAACCUCCACGCAACCACUCAUACGCAAAACGCGUCUAGCACAGCGUACACGAACCCGGUGACCGACUUUUCCAACUACCGGGUCGCAUGGGAUGAACGUGAAGCGUCCCCUGUCCGCACGACCUUUGUAGAUGACCUUGACCCCGUCUUUUCCCCGACGGAACCUGAAGCCCUCUACCCAGACAUGAUAUCCACCCUUGAAUCCCCUAUUACCGGCCCUUCCAAAGCUGGUCCUUCCAAGGCACCCUCUAAACCCACUCCCAAACCCAUUUCCCCUGAUACCACGAAAUCUGCCGACCUGGGCACCUACCGCGUCGGCUGGAACCCCACUGAACUCGGCCUCCGCGUCGUUGAUUCUUCGACCGCCAGUCUCCCCCCUCAAGAAGAUGAGGCUUUUGACGAAGAAAACCAAGAAGCCUUCAUGGCAAGACUCAAGAGGCCUAAAAGUGCUAUUGCGGCUGCGCAUGAUGAGUUGGGUAUGUAGACGUAAUUUGAUUAUUGGUUUGGGAGUAUCAACUCAGGUGGGAUUGCAUAGGGAAACUAAAGGGAAAAAGCUUUGCGAGGUAGAGUUUGUGUGUGUGUGUGGGAGGGAAUAGAUGAGAUUAUUUACAAAAAAAAAAAAAAGUGAGGAAAGAAAACAAUAAAUGGUUAUUUUUUUAUUGA